AUGUCCGAAUCCACCGCCGAAGCUGUCCCUCCCCCACCAACAACCUCAACUCAAAACUCCGACGCGCAAGGCCAAUUCUCCGCCGCAGUGGACGAUCUUCUCGACCAGCUACAACAUAAAUUCGAUGGUGUUUCGCGGGAGAUGUUUGGGAAGUUGGACGAUAUGGCGAGACGGUUGGAUGAGUUAGAGGCUUCGUUUACGGUUGUGGAUGGGACGACGACGUCCGGGGCUGGUGGUGGUGGUGCUUCUGCGUCGCAGACGGGGACGGGGUCGGUGGUGGGGAGUGCGGCUGGGAGUGGGAGUCCUGAGAAGUGA